GACGGAGGGGUGGCGCUAAGGCUCCUCUAAACUGGAAGCCAACCGCCGUAGAACCCGAAGAAGAAGAAGAGCAAGAAAAUCGUGAUGACGUUUUGGGCUACGUCACAUGUCAAACCUGCUCCAGUAGAGACCAGAGAAGAAGAAACAUGGCUGCAAGGUUGUUCCUCCGCUCGGCUUUCAGAGCCGCUAAAACCUGCCGUGCUGCCCCGGCUCCGGCUCUGUCCCGCGGAAUGGCUGCUGGAGGAAUCCCCACUGAUGAGGAGCAGGCCACCGGCAUGGAGAAGAUCAUCAUGACGGCGUUGAAGGACGGAAAGGAUCCGUACAGCAUGCUGAAGCCGAAGGAGUACGCCGGCUCCAAGGAGGACCCCCACGUCGUCCCCUCCAUCACCAGCCAGAGGAUCGUUGGAUGUGUCUGUGAGGAGGACAACACCGCGGUGGUCUGGUUCUGGCUCCACGAAGGCGAGGCCCAGCGCUGCCCCUCCUGUGGCUCCCAUUACAAGAUGGUGAGCCACGAGCUCCCCCACUAGCCCCUCUGCUACUCCACAUACUCUUCUACCUGUUGUUGUUCUAGGCGUGUUACUCAUUGACCUCAUUAAGCUCCAUGUUACACAGGGAUCAGACUGGGUUCGGGAUCAAAGUGUUAGACAUUUCCAUUCAGCAGUUUACAUCCAACAUGUACUGUACCUUUUAAUGAACCAAUAAAGCCCUCACUUACACCUG